AUGGGAACAUUAACACAGUGAAUCUAUUUUCUCUCUCUCUCUCUUCUUUCACAACCGACAACCCUAUUCUUCUUCGUUCUGAUUGAUUUUCCCUUUUUAAGGGUUUGCGAAAACGAAUUCCUCUUCAUAUAAAUGUUCCGAUUGAUUCAUCGUCUUGUUUUCUGCAAAUAGGUUUUGCAGCUUCCACCACGCGUUGAUAAUAAGGAGCUCCAUUUCGUUCGGUUGGUUAACGGGGGCUUAGCACUUAGCAGAGCGCUUCGCACGUGGCUCUGAUGAGUCUCUGCAGCCGUUAACUGUUUACACCAAUCCCAUUCUGCAUACGACAUUUUUGCUGGGAGACCAUGCCUCGUAAAGGAAACUAUAGACUCGAUUACGACGAUGAUGAUUAUGACAACGACUAUGAUUAUGAUGUUGACAUAGAGGACUAUGGAGAAGGACCUGAUACAAAGCAACAGACUACUAAGCCUGGGCUCUGGCAAUGCUCCAUUUGCACUUAUGACAACGAUGAGAGUAUGACUUCGUGUGAUAUUUGUGGUGUUGUACGUCGUUCCUUGGUUAACAUUGGAACUUCCAAGACUAACAAAACAGUUGAAGACACAAGCAAAACUUCUGGAGCAUCCAAGUUGGCAAGGUCUCUUUUUGCAUCAUUGCCACAACAGAUUCCCAAAGAGAUUGUGUUAUUUCCAAAGCGGGGUGAUGGUUUUCAGAUAGAUGGAAGUAACUUCUACAAGCUUGAGAAUGUCCAAGGAGAAUUUCAUGAAUUUCAUAAGCUUGUUAAUACUCAAAGCAAUCCCCAUUUAAACAUAGCUCCUUUCAAUUUUGAUGUUCCAUCCCCAGAUGAUGUGGUUUGUACUGGCCUACAUUCUUCCAAAAUGGGUUUGAAAGACAAAUUUACCAACUCUAAAACUUCUCGAGUUUCAUCAAGCAUCACAGAGAGGAAUGAACUUCCUAUGCAAUCAUAUGGUGAAAGUUCUGACAACUUAUCAUCCAUGAUGCGGAAGAGCAGGCAGGAUAGUUCAGCUGAAAACAAGCUUUCCAAAAAUGUGGCAAUUGAUCUUGAAGCAAGUGAUAAAGCUUCAAACAGCUUACCAGCAUCUUUACCAAAGGGCAAAGAUAGCAAAUUGAAUAAUGUAAAUUCUUCCAAAAAUGGUACAGUUGAUAUUCAAUCAGGAGAAGAAAAGUCAGGUAGUUUAUCUGCACUGCCAAAAGUAAAAAAAAGUGAUGAGAUUAGUUUCGCUUCUAUCAAAGUUGGAAAACCUGAAAGCCUUCCCAGCGAUUUUGACAACAUGGUUCUUGAUGUAAGAUCUGGAAAUUCAGAUAGUACUAAUGCUAAGGGAACUUGUCCACAAGUUUCUUAUAAGCCAGAAAAAUGGAUGCUCCCACAACAAGCUGAAGAUACAUUGACUCAGCUGAAUCUUGCAAUUGUUGGCCAUGUUGAUUCUGGAAAAUCAACACUAUCUGGUAGGCUACUACACCUAUUAGGACGAAUUUCCCAGAAAGAGAUGCACAAAUAUGAAAAGGAGGCCAAGUUACAGGGCAAGGGAUCCUUUGCUUAUGCUUGGGCACUUGAUGAAAGUUCUGAAGAAAGGGAAAGGGGAAUAACUAUGACAGUGGCUGUUGCUUAUUUUGACACUAAGAAAUAUCACGUUGUUGUGCUUGACUCCCCUGGCCAUAAAGAUUUUGUCCCAAACAUGAUUUCUGGGGCAACACAAGCUGAUGCUGCAAUUCUUGUUAUAGACGCUUCACUUGGUUCAUUUGAAACUGGUAUGGAUGGUAGCAAAGGACAAACAAGGGAGCAUGCACAACUUAUUAGAAGUUUUGGUGUUGACCAGGUUAUAGUUGCAGUGAAUAAGAUGGAUGCUGUGGCAUACUCCAAAGAUCGAUUUGAUUUUAUACAACAGAAGCUGGGAAUUUUUCUUCGCUCAUGUGGAUUCAAAGAUUCUUCUAUAUCAUGGAUUCCUAUGAGUGCCAUGGAAAAUCAAAAUUUGGUGGCAUCCCCUUCUGAUCCUCAUUUCAAAAACUGGUAUAAUGGACCUUUUCUGUUAGAUUCAAUUGAUUCACUCCAACCUCCUACUAGAGAAUUCUCAAAACCUCUACUAAUGCCGAUAUGUGAUGUCAUCAAAUCACCUACACUUGGACAGGUGUCUGCUUGUGGUAAACUGGAAGCAGGAGCUCUUCAGAGUGGAUCAAAGGUCUUGGUUAUGCCUUCAGCUGUUGUGGGGACAGUACGCUCAUUGGAGCGUGACUCUAAUGCCUGCAAGGUUGCAAGAGCUGGAGAUAACGUAGCUGUAACAUUGCUAGGUGUAGAUGGAAGUCAUGUAAUGGCAGGAGGUGUACUAUGCCAUCCUGACUUUCCUGUCACAGUUGCAAAGCAUUUGGAGUUGAAAGUACUUCUCUUGGAUGGUGCAAGUCCCUUAUUGGUGGGCUCUCAGUUAGAGUUUCAUAUACACCAUGCAAAGGAACCUGCUAGAGUUUCAAAAAUAUUGUCAGUACUUGAUCCCAAGACUGGUAAGGUAACCAAAAAGUCCCCACGCUGUCUCACUGCAAAGCAAAGUGCAGUAAUUGAGGUGAUUUUGCACGAGACAGUCUGUGUAGUAGAGUUCUCUAGUUGCAAAGCUCUUGGAAGGGUGUCCUUAAGAUCAUUAGGAAGAACAAUUGCUGUUGGACUUGUGACAAGAAUUAUUGAAGAUGAAAAUUAGUUUAUGAUAUUCGUCAUAAAAGAUUAGAUGAUGAUAACAUGGAGAAUUUAAUGGUAUUUUCAAUGAACAUCUUUGUUUGCCAUCUAAGUCUAGAAUUAGUUAUGCUGGCAGACAACGGGCGGCUAUGUGACUCUUGUUGAGUUUCUCGGGUCAAUAUGUGAAUUAUGUAAGAGUAGUCCAGUUUUUUUUUUGUCACUAUAUAUGUAUCAUAGGUGAGCGUUCCUCUUCAUUAGUCUGGAGUUCUACUAUAGCAAUCUAGUGGGAUUAGAAGACAGAAAAAUGAUGUAUCCGUUGGAUGUAAUUGCUUUUAUUCUUUGAUGCCUAGACUUCAGCAUAGAUUGAUCUGCUUAUAAUAAAACACUGCAUCACUUGUUUAUA